GGCAGAUUUGCGUAAACAACACAAUGUCAACUCUAUGCCGGAACGCGGAGACUUGGCUGCCCGGAAUUGAAAUAAUGGACAGUGCAUGGCGUCAGGGCUUGUCGUCAUUGGCAAUAAUGUUAUAAAUAAAGUACUGCUGCCCUUCCUAGUUCCUGUGUUUAAUUUUCAUUCCACGUUGCAACAAGAGUUCUAGCUCUUUUCUUUUUCUGCAUCCCCAGUGAUACAUCGUCCAAUAUGACGGGCGACAGCAGCACUUGGACGCUGUCGACGCUCAACGACACACGGCCUUCGGUUGAGCUCACGGACAGGCCAACGACACCGCAUCCUGGGCCAGACAGCAUCAAAAGCCAAAGUCGUUUGGACGAGGACUCUGGUAUCAGCAGACAAAUUAUACCAAACAUGGAAGGAAUGGACAGAGAUGAACUUCGACGUAUUGCCACAGUCAUGUCGCAAAGGAGGAGCAAUACGUAUGACGAACUCGAAUCCAGUUACACACUUCCUGAUCCACAAGAUGGCAACUUCGAUGAGAAGCAAUUUCUUCGAUCGUUCAUGCAUGAGUUCCUAGAGCAAGGGCAUGCACCAAAGAAGAUCGGCAUUUCAUUCACGAACUUGAAAGUCUCUGGUGAUGGGGCUGCCCUGCGCUUGCAAUCCACAAUUGGGUCGAGAUUUUCAAUACCCUUUCGACUUGGUGAACACUUUAGUCUGAGCAAGAAGGAGCCGAGAAUGAUUCUUCAUGGCUUCGAUGGUCUACUUAAGCCUGGAGAGCUCUUGCUCGUCCUUGGCCGUCCAGGUUCAGGAUGUAGUACAUUGCUAAAGACGAUGUGUGGAGAGCUACAUGGUCUACAUGUAAAUGAUGGAUCUACCCUUCACUACGAUGGUAUUUCUCAAAAGCAGAUGGUGAAGGAAUUCAAGGGAGAGAUAGCCUACAACCAAGAGGUCGACAAGCACUUUCCCCAGCUGACUGUCGGUCAGACUCUCGAAUUUGCUGCUGCGACUCGCACUCCUUCACAUCGAAUUAAAGGAAUGGAUCGUGAUCAAUACUGCAAAUAUGUUGCCAAGGUAGCCAUGGCUGUCUUUGGUAUCAGUCACACAUACAACACGAAGGUUGGCAACGAUUUCGUUCGCGGAGUCUCUGGUGGAGAGCGGAAACGGGUCAGUCUGGCGGAAAUGCUGGUUGCGGGUGUUCCAUUCUCUGCUUGGGAUAACAGUACCCGUGGCCUAGAUUCAGCAACUGCACUCAAGUUUGUGCAGUCUCUGCGAACUGGAGCAGACUUGAUUGGCUGUACACAUGCAGUGGCCGCCUACCAAGCCAGUCAGGCAAUGUAUGAUAUCUUCGACAAAACCGUGGUUCUAUAUGAGGGUCGGCAGAUCUAUUUCGGCCCAGCACACCUCGGCAGAGCCUUCUUUGAGAAACAAGGAUGGGUCUGUCCACAACGUCAAACAGUGGGAGAUUUCUUAACGUCGGUGACGAAUCCCCAUGAGCGUAUUGCCCGUGAUGGAAUGGAGGAUCGUGUGCCCCGAACUCCAGAAGACUUUGAGAGAUACUGGCGCCAGUCUCCUGAGUAUGAAAGCUUGCAGAGACAAAUCGAAGCUUAUUCUCAGCAAUAUCCAGCCAGGAAGGACGGGGAAGCCAUUGCUCGCCUACGAGAGCAGAAAAACCAUGCACAAUCAAAUCAUGUCCGUCGGCGCUCGCCCUACACAAUCAGCAUUGCCAUGCAGAUCCGCUUGAACACUAAACGAGCUUACCAACGCAUCUUGGGCGACGCGACUGCUACAGCCAUGCAGGUUGGAAUAAACUUUGUCCUUGCACUUAUCAUUGGUUCGAUCUACUAUGGAACACCAGCAGCAACAGCUGGGUUUACGAGUCUCGGCGCUACGCUUUUCAUUGCGAUCCUGCUCAACGCACUCACUGCUGUCUCCGAAAUCAGCAGCCUGUACAAUCAACGCCCAAUCGUCCAAAAGCAUACCUCUUAUGCCUUCUACCACCCCGCCACGGAAGCUGCAGCUGGAGUGGUGUCUGAUAUACCGAUCAAGUUCAUCACAGCAGUUGUUUUCAAUGUCAUUCUCUACUUUCUAAGCGGCUUGCGUCGAGAACCCGGUCCUUUCUUCGUAUACUUUCUCACCAGCUUCAUCUUGACAUUUGUCAUGAGCGCAGUCUUCAGAACCAUGGCUGCCAUCACACAGACAAUCUCACAGGCUAUGAGUCUGGCAGGUGUGCUCGUGCUAGCUAUUGUCAUCUACACUGGAUUUGUCAUCGCGAUUCCUCAGAUGCAUCCAUGGUUCUCUUGGAUACGUUGGAUCAAUCCCGUCUUCUACGCUUUCGAAGCUCUUGUCGCUAAUGAGUUUCACGGCCGGGAAUUUACAUGCUCGGAUAUCAUUCCGUCCUACACUCCACUUCAAGGUGACUCCUGGAUUUGUUCAGCUAUAGGAGCAGUUGCUGGUCGUCGUACUGUUAAUGGAGAUGCCUAUAUUGCACAACAGUACCAUUACUACUACUCGCACGUUUGGCGAAAUAUUGGGAUUCUGAUCGGGUUUCUCGUCGUUUUCAUGCUCAUCUACUUUGUCGCCACAGAGCUCAAUUCCGCAUCAUCCAGUAUUGCCGAAGUAUUGGUCUUUCAACGAGGCCAUGUCCCGAAAUAUCUUCAAAACAAUGUCUCUACAGACCAAGGAGUUGCUGCCGCUCCCAAUCUACGAGAGCUAUCUGAUGAGGAAGAAGUGAAAGUCGCGCUGGAGCCGCAGAAAGAUAUAUUCACUUGGAAAGAUGUCUCAUACGAUAUCGAGAUUAAGGGCGAGCCACGGCGGCUCCUGGAUAAUGUUUCUGGUUGGGUCAAACCCGGGACUCUGACAGCUCUCAUGGGUGUCAGUGGUGCCGGUAAGACAACUCUUCUCGACGUUCUAGCUCGUCGUACAACUAUGGGCGUUAUUACAGGAGACAUGUUGGUCAACGGAACCCCUCUGGAUGCAAGUUUUCAACGAAAGACUGGAUAUGUUCAACAACAAGAUCUUCAUCUUGAGACAGCUACAGUCCGUGAAAGUCUAAGAUUCAGUGCCAUGCUUCGCCAACCAGCAUCUGUCAGCAAAGAAGAAAAGUAUCGCUACGUGGAAGACGUGAUCGAUAUGCUCAGCAUGCGGGACUUUGCUAACGCGGUUGUCGGUGUUCCCGGAGAAGGUCUGAACGUUGAGCAGCGCAAGUUGCUUACGAUUGGUGUCGAACUCGCUGCGAAGCCAAAACUCCUUCUCUUCCUCGACGAGCCCACUAGUGGUCUUGACUCGCAGAGUUCGUGGUCUAUCUGCGCGUUCCUGCGGAAGCUCGCCGACUCAGGACAGGCAGUUCUGUGUACUGUCCAUCAGCCCAGCGCUAUUCUGUUUCAACAAUUCGACCGUCUGCUCUUCUUGGCCAGAGGAGGAAAGACAGUGUACUUUGGCGAGAUUGGACCUGAUUCAAGGACUCUGCUCGACUACCUGGAAAAUAAUGGUGCACCGAAGUGUGGAAGUGAUGAUAAUCCUGCCGAGUACAUGAUUGAAGUCAUCAAUAAAUCUAUUGGCGAUGGCGCACAGGAUUGGCAUUCGAUUUGGAAGUCUAGUCAAGAGUGCAGAGAUGUUGAGCAGGAAAUCCAAAGGAUCCACUUGGAGAGAGGAACCGGGAAUACCGAAACCCACGAUGCCACCAGCUUUUCAGAGUUUGCAAUGCCACUGUCUGCACAGAUCCAAGUCGUCACUUAUCGAAUAUUUCAGCAGUAUUGGAGAAUGCCCGAGUACAUAAUGGCGAAAUGGGGACUAGGUUUGGUCGCUGGACUUUUUGUUGGCUUUACCUUUUACGGCGCUGACGCAAGCCAAGCUGGCAUGAAUAAUGUCAUCUAUUCCGUGUUCAUGCUUACUACCAUAUUCUCAACUCUCGUUCAAUCGGUCCAGCCACUGUUUAUCACCCAGAGGGACCUUUACGAAGUGCGCGAACGACCAAGCAAAUCUUACUCCUGGGUAGCCUUCCUAUUCGCCAACUUCAUCGUCGAAAUCCCAUACAUGAUCAUCACCGGUAUUCUAACCUACGGAAGCUAUUACUACGCCGUAGUCGGCAUUCAGUCUUCGGAACGCCAAGUUCUGGUCCUGCUUUUCAUUAUCCAACUAUUCAUCUAUUCCGGCUCCUUUGCACACUUGACAAUCGUCUCCAUGCCAGACGCGGAAACUGCCGCUGGAAUCGUCGUUCUCCUCAUGUUACUGAUGACAAUGUUCUCUGGUGUUAUGCAAGCACCGCAAGCCCUUCCCGGAUUCUGGAUUUUCAUGUAUCGGGUUAACCCAUUCACUUACUGGAUCGGCGGUAUUUCCGGUACACAGCUACAUAAUCGAGAGGUUGACUGUGCCAGUAACGAGGUGUCAGUUUUUGACUCCCCAGCUGGUCAAACCUGCGGGCAAUAUCUCCAGUCAUACUUGACUGACGCACGAGGAUACCUGUUAAACCCCAACGACACUGAAUCUUGCCAGUAUUGUUCAAUUCGAACUGGCGAUAUCUUCCUGGCGGGAUCCAAGAUCACUUGGGAUCAGCGAUGGCGCAACUUUGGGAUCAUGUGGGUGUUCAUCAUCUUCAACUUCUUUGGGGCAAUUUUGCUGUAUUAUGCUUUCCGUGUCAAGAAAUGGAACUUUGGAGGCGGGAAGAAGGCGAAGAAGUCUUUGCCUCCUUCCGAAGGAGCAUCUCAGAGUCAAGAGAAAUGAAGCUUCAGAGAUCACCAGAAAGAUGAAAUAUAGAGCGGAAUUCUCUGUCUUUAUAGACUGUUUUGGUUUUAUAGACUGUCUGGGAUUAUAGAUAUUCUAGUUUUCUUUUGUACUUCCACUCAUUGUUGCGUCUCUUUUGUUUCCGGGGAGUUAUCAUCUAUAGAUAGUCUAUUGAAUUGUAAUAUUGUCUCGCUUUCCGAUAAGAAUAUGAUUAUUCUCCGGGAACAGAAUAUUUGUUUCCUCGUCCAAACGACCAGUGCAAACUUCCAAGGCGGAUAUGCAGCGAAUCUGUUUUUCUCCAGUUUUAAGAACGAUAGCGGGAUGCUGUUGAGUACCCCGCACGAGUAGCCGAAUGUAAACCAGCCCCAAAAGUUUAUCUUCUGCGUCUGCACUGGCGUUCCUCGCUCUCAUACAUUGCUUCAAAUUGUAUCACAAUAGAUGGAGCUAUCUCUAGCUAUAAUUCGGUGAUCAGUAGAGAGGUAAACAGUAUGUUGUCUGUGGCAUGCGUCCGCACUGGCUACACUAGUUUGAGAUUCUGUCGUGGAAACUUUAUUAUUCAACCUAGGACCUACACGGACCUUAAGAAUCGG